AUGGCCGGAGUAUACAGAGGCAAAAUCAGUAUGGGGUGUACCUUGUGCCGAAAGCGACGGCUGCGAUGCGACCGACGUCAGCCAUCAUGUUCACAGUGCCUGCGAGUGAAUCAAGAAUGUUUUGGAUAUCGAGAUCCCGGGACCUUGAGGAUCUAUGAUCAGAGCGCGGAAGUUGCGUCCAAGGCUCAGGCCCGUGGUGGUCCCAUCCAACAGUCGCCUGCGGAAGAGUCGCCGUCUACACUCUCCCUAAACUAUUCCCCCAUCUCCGAUGACCAGCGAGCCAUGUCUUAUAUCAUCCCAUACUAUGUUGGCACGGACCAGCAUCGGGGCUUACUUCGAUUUCUGCCAAGCCUGUUGCAGAAUGACCCCUCUCCUGCCUUGAAAGCCUCCGCCAAGGCUAUAGGUCUGUUAGGCAUGACGAGGAUGCCACAUGUGGGACAGCGAGCCAGGAAAGAACACAUCAUUGCCUUGCGUGCUACAAAUAGUGCUUUAAGAGAUCCGACAACAGCAACCUCGGAUUCCACCCUGGGCGCCGUGUUGUUGCUGGGCUUGUAUGAGCUGAUCACAUCACGACCCACGGAAAUGGACAGUGGCUGGAGGGACCAUGCUCAAGGAGCAGCCAAGCUCAUAGAGCUACGAGGUGAAGAGCAGUUGAGCUCGCCGGUUGGGCUAGAGUUAUUCACCGUUGUGCGUUUUCAGAAUGUAAUCAGCAGUGUUUUCUUCAGAUUGGGGUCCCGGGUUCACAAUUCACCCACGAUUGCAGCGCUGUCUCAAGUCGCGAGAUCCAAACGAAAUGAACAUACCCGGCCGAUUGAAACCCUCUACAAUAUGCUCAUCGAGCUGAACGAUAUAGCAAUCGAAGUUGACGAGGCCCACCUCCAAAGUGACCUCGAGAAGCAACAGUCGUUGAUCGAAAGAUCUCUGACCCUGGAUGCGCGUCUACUGGCGUGGACGACAUCGCUGAGUCCAGCGUGGUCUUAUCAAGUUAUCGAUGACCCGCGCUCCCAUUUGCCCAAAUCCACCUAUCCGCCGAUCUAUGAUAACCGAUAUCAUCUUUACCACGGGGUCUCCAUCGCCACAAUGUGGAAUAACUACCGCCAGACGCGCAUCGUUCUCAACGAGAUGAUUAGGAUGAUGGCCCUGCGCCGGUGGCGGUUGCAAAAUCUUCCACAGUAUCAGCAGAUCAUAUAUCAGUCUACUGGCAUUAUUGAGCACAUGGCAGGUGAGAUCUGUGACAGUAUUCCAUUUUACUUCCUCUCCGGCGAAGUAGGCUUUGGAAGCAUAUACCGGGCGCUGUGGCCGCUUUUCAUCGCAGGUCGAUGCGCAGCAGCAGGAUCUCCAGCGAAACAAUGGGCGACGCAAAUUCUCGACCUCAUUGGAAACAUCACGGGUAUUCAGCAGGCGAUCGGCAUGGCGGAGCUACUCAAGCAGGAGAAGCCAGCCAGUGUGAUUCCGGGAGGCGAUCUGGUUACCGAGUCAAUCUUCAACCAGGUAGCCAGGUUAUCUCUGGGUAAUGACUAA